AUGGGCUACCCUUUCGACCCCUGGGGAGAUUCCUCAGACCUUAGCUCUCCUCCAGCAUCACCAUCGCCCCCUCCAGGUUUCCUCCCAUCUCCUCCACCAUCCCAAGACAAUUUUGAGCCCAAUUCAAAUGACUCCUUUACCGCGUCGCAAGACACCACACCUCCAACCAAAAAGAGGAGGAAAGUUGAGCCGAAGCCGCGGUCAACAAAAUAUCUUGAUUUAACCUUGGUUUCCACAACUCCCACGGAUUGCUUUGCAAGCCAAACGGAUGAGCUAGGCCUUUUGCUGAAGGCUCUUCAGAAGAAGCGCAAAAUCGUUGUGAUUGCUGGAGCUGGAAUUUCAGUUUCUGCUGGGAUCCCUGACUUUCGUUCUGCUCAUGGUCUAUUUAAGACGUUGAAAAAGGAUCACAAACUGAAAACCUCAGGGAAGCAGUUGUUUGACGCGUCAGUGUAUCAGGACGAUACGAUGACUUCAUCUUUCCACGACAUGGUUCGCUCGUUAUCUGGAAUGGCGGCCUCUGCUCAACCAACAGCUUUCCACCACCUCCUUGCCAGACUUGCAAAGGAUGGCCGCUUAAUGCGACUGUAUACACAGAAUGUUGAUGGCAUUGAAACGUCGUUGCCCCCUCUGGCAACUGAAGUACCUCUUGGUGUCAAGGCACCGUGGCCGCGAACCAUUCAACUACAUGGCGGACUUGAAAAAAUGGUCUGUCAGAAAUGCAGGCAUACAUCCGACUUCGAAGCAGAACUCUUCCAAGGACCUAAUCCACCCUUAUGCCAAAAAUGCUGCGAAACAGACCAAUUCCGUACAACCACUGGCCAGCGUAGUCAUGGAGUUGGCAAGCUUAGACCGAGAAUAGUUCUCUACAAUGAACAUAAUCCUGACGAAGAGGCCAUUGGUUCAGUUGUUACAGCUGAUUUACGUGCCAGACCCGAUGCUCUGAUAGUAGUUGGCACCACCUUAAAGGUUCCAGGGGUCCCUGUCGGAAAAGGCUUCGAGAACUGUUGGGAUCUUGUCAUCAAAGGUGAUUGCGAUGAAGUUGCGAGACAAGCCAACAUGAAACCCUGGGACGAUGACAGCGAUAAUACCAUUCAAGAAUGCACGGAAUCAGACGUGGAACGAGUUAAACAGGAACAAGGGCCGUUCUCCGUCAUCAUCCCUACACCAAAGAAACUUCAAACGAAUACUGGUAUCCUCACACCCUCAUCCAGUCAGGACGAAGCAUUCAACAUCAAAGACCAACCGCCAAUUCCCUUCCCGCUUACGGAAAAGCCAAUUAAUAAAUCUCUAUCCUCCAUAUUAUCCGGGGAUCCCGGUCGAAAAGCUGCUAAGCCUAGGAAACCAGCUCAGAAAAAAGAGGGAGUUCCAAAGAAAGCCAGGACGACAAACGCAAAAGCCCAACCAAAGAAAAUCGAUCAACAGUUCCGCGUUGCCAAGUCGAGUAAGCCCUCCGUCACUGCUAAGAAGUCGGUUAAUCCUAGCGAAAACGAUCUCACUCAACCAAUGCAUUCUAUAUCACCCGGUGCGGCUCGUAAUAACGGGCCCACGUUUAUCGAGACGUCUACCUCCCCGCCGUGGAAGGAUACUGCCACGAUCUCGCCAUCCGGCACCGUCCCGUCUGACCUUGAGAGAAUGUUAAACUAA